AUGGCUCUUCCAAGGGCAUCGCGGUUGGCGUUACUGCUGGUCACCGUGGCAGCGGGUCUGGAAGCUCGGGGGCCCAUCCAGGACGCGAUCGACAGCGGAGCAGCAGCCGACUACAACAAGGACGAGUGCACGUGGAGGCGCGGCAACGAUCGCGACUCCUGUCCCGAUCCCGACGUGCACCUCUACCUGUACACGCCCGGGAAUCCCAAGAGGAAGCUGGACCCGAAUCACGUGGCCGACUGGCUUAGGCAGGACUACGAGCCCGCCAAGGAGAACGUCAUCCUCGUGCACGGCUACGCGGGUGGCGAGCACGCGCUGCCCAUGUCGGUGCUGCGCGACGCCUACCUGCGCAACGGCAGCUACAACGUGUUCCUGGUGGACUGGGGCGCGCUGUGCGCGGCGCCGUGCUACCCGGCGGCGGUGUCGAACAUGAGGCCCGUGGCGCGCUGCCUGGCGGGCUCGCUGACGGCGCUGCGGAACCACGGCUUGGCGAUAGGCCGCACGAGCUGCGUGGGCCACUCGCUCGGCGCGCACGUCUGCGGCAUCAUGGCCAAUUACCUGCUGUUCCGCAUGAGCCGCAUCGUCGCGCUGGACCCGGCGAGGCCGCUCAUCCGGCCGGGGCUGGUCAACCGGCUGGACAGCGGCGACGCCGACUUCGUCGAGGUCAUACACACGAACGCCGGCUAUUACGGCGAGCUCGGCAAGGGCGGCCACGUGGACUUCUGCGUGAACGGCGGCAAGUCACAGCCGUUCUGCGAGGACAGCGACAACGAGCAGCUGUGCAGCCACGUGUGGGCCGUGUGCUUCAUGGCGCAGAGCGUCGACGGCGGCCGCGGGCUCGUGGCCGAGCCGUGCUCCCGGCGCUGCCCGUCCGGGCCGCGCGUUGCGCCGCGCUCCGGCGAGCUGCUGCUGAUGGGCCAGCACACGCCCGCCGGCUCGCGCGGCUCCUUCUGCCUCGCGCACCGCCAGCCGCCCUACUGCCCCGAGUUCAACGAGGGCCGCGGCGACGAUCGGUGCUGCUUGUGA